UCGCUAUUUGGCUCUAAAAUGUUCGGUCUAUUCUCUAUUGUGGAUGGGUUCUAGAGGCAAUCAAGCAGCGUGGAAAAGCUAUCGGAAAAUAACGAUGCGCGCGAAAAUUUGAUAGAGGAAAACAUUGAGUCGCGAAACGAAAAUCCCGGCUGAAAUUUCAGUCGGUUCAGGUCGUUGGGGAAAUUAAAGAGCCAAGUGGUGGCUUUAGGAAUUUUCCGAGGGAUUUGUGGCUGCAUUGAAAACCCCAUUUCCCGGUCGCUUAGAAUGACCGACGACAAUCACCAAUACAAGCUACUCUACUUCGAUUUGCCUGGAAAGGCCGAACAUAUACGAUAUAUAUUUGCGUAUGCCGGUGUCGAGUACGAGGACGAGCGGAUUCAAAAAGACAAAUGGCCUGAAAUUAAAAAAAGUACUCCCUAUGGCAAAGUGCCCGUACUGGAAAUCGAUGGUCAGCAAGUAGCCCAAAGUAACGCAAUAGCCCGAUAUCUGGCGCGCAAAUUCGGCUUAGUGGGCCAGACCGAAUGGGAGGCUUUGCAAUGCGACGUUUUGGUCGACACACUUGGCGAUCUUCAGGCUGCCGUUAUGCAGAUAAUGAAGGAACCAGACCCAAUUAAACGCGAGGAAAUCCGAGCCAGAGUUACCAAGGAGGAAUUGCCGUUUUAUCUAUCGAAGUUCGAAAAAAUCGUGCAGGAAAAUGGCGGAUUUUCCGUGGGGAGUGAUAUUACUUGGUCCGAUUUGGUUUUUGCCGUGCUAUUGGACCAAUUCGAAUCGAUGUACGGCAAAACGGCCCUCAACGGUUACCCAUCGCUGAAAGGGCUGAAGGACAAAGUUCACAACAUUCCCGGCAUCAAAAGUUACUUGGAAAAGCGGCCGCCCAAAUCGCCCAUGCCCAGACAUUAGAUUUGGCUUGUAAGGUAACUCUUUGGUUUCACUUUCAUUGAUUCGAGAUUUUUUUCUUGUUGUUUUGACUAUUUGCUUUUGAUUUGGGCACAUCAGCCCAUUCUGGAGAACGUUUCCUUAAUGUAGCGGAAUAUUUCAUUAGUGACCCAGUGAGUGUCGGGAUGCCAAAAAAUCCAAGCUUUUCAAUCAGUGGUCGAUUGAUUUUGUUCGUUUUCGGUUGUUCUUUCCUCGGCUGGUUUAUUGAUUUUUUUCGAAUAGCCAUCGGCCCAUCAAAAUUCACGGUUUUUUGGCAUCUGUUGUAUAAUCUUGAGUAUCUACUUAGCAAGUGCACACUAAUCACUACCAUGUUAUCAAACUCUUAGGAGUUCUUAGUUCGGAUCACCAUAGUGUUUAGCCGCCGUUGUGUAUAGCUGAUAAAUAAUUUAUUUUUAGAGUACAUAUUAGCGUUGGAAUCUAUGUUAUCAAAUAAAGGUUUUUUUGUC